AUGCUGCAGCACCCAGAGUGGCUGCUGGAGAAGGAGGAAGAAGUGGAUUGGGCCAAGAGUCGAGGAACCGUCCUGGAUGCUUCGUACAAGACGCUUCCCACAGUUGCCCCGCUUAAGGCGAUGCCUACAUUCACACACCUGACUGUCCUCUGCCUUCGAGAGAGCGGUGUGAUUGACAUUGAGCUCUUAGAGAUGUGCAACCGCCUUGUUCACCUGGAUUUAUCCUCAAACGAGGUCUUCCAUCUGGUUGGUGGUGAUUUCUGGGCUUCUUUUCCGGACCUGUUGGUUUUAUUGCUACAUGGAAACAAGGUGGCGGAGUGGCGAGCUGUUGGUGGGCUUGGAAAGGCACCAAAGCUCACAUACUUGACGCUGUUCUUCAAUCCCGUCUGCAAGAGAAAGAUGUACCGCCCGUUCACCACGAAUUGCUGCGAGUCCCUGCGCGGCCUGGAUCUCCACGCCGUUUCAGACGAAGAGGUCAUCGAGGGGUCUGAAUUUUUGAGAGCGGGUCGUUAUAGCACAUGCUCGAUUGCGCUUGCCCUCCCGCAACCUCUGUUCAAGGGGCUCACGGAAACGACCUUCGCGCCAACCCAGCAGGAUGAACAAAACAGCAGGCGUUACCUCCCAUCACCCCAGCCAACCACUGCGGUUUUCGUUGAGGGGGAUGGCCACAUGCCCCUACGAAGUGCUCCAAAUCGCGAUGAUUCGAUCUUGGCGAGUGUAAUGCGUCGCGUCCAGCUAUUGCGUAGGUUUCACGCUCGGAACAGCCCCGUCAUCAUAGGCCAGCGUCAGGUUCGACGUUUCCUUGGAGAAAGGUUCGGCGUUGCGGCUGCCGUGAAGAUUCAAGCGCGCGUUCGUAGAUGGAUGGUGGAGAGGAGAGCGGUCGCUGCGCUGAAGAACAUAUUGAGGGAGACCGGCGAACUGUACCUUGUGCAGGAAAUGAUGACACCAACACAGCUGCGCAGUCUCGCGUGGUUCCAGCGACGGAUCGCGGGUCACUUCCGCUUGAAGGCUCUUGUCACAUGCGUCAAAACAAUCGAGCGUUUCGUGGGAACAGUGUGGACAAAAUUUUCCACCUUCGUUGACAGCCUGGAGCAUGCCGAAGUUGGAGGGGUCGUCGUGGCGCACAAUCAAUCUGGGGAGCUUGCGGCAGCUGUUGCAAAAGCCUUGAUGGUUACGACCCCCGGGUUGUCCUGGAUAGAAGCCAGCGAACGCACGGCAACGAUGGUUACCACAGUAUCUGACUGCAGGCUUCUUCGACCGUUUUCUUUCGUUGAAAUGCCGGACUGGCCCGUCUUGGAUAAAGACGUGGACACGGACGGCGUGUUUGUUUCUCGAUCGGCAGCUUGCUCCGGCACCCGCGCCAAGCUUCCCGGAGUUGGUCCUUCCAUGCGCGAGGCGAGCGAUACUCCCCCCCGGACGCAGGGGCUUCGAGAGACGCGGGCCCACUCACGCGUGCGAACUAGGUUUGGAGUAUUUGGCAGCCCUAGAAUCCAGGAGUGCAAGGUGUCACGAAGAAAUUGCGCUGUCCGGAAAUUCUGUCAAGGGUCCGCAGCGGCGAAGCGACGCACCACAAUGAACGCCAGGCGUGACGUGAACAAGCAGCUUUGGGCUUUCCGGCCACACGCGGUUCGCUUGCUGGCCCGCGUGUUGUGCACCCUGCGCGACGAAUCCAUGGGCAAGCCGCCAGUACCGUUCAUCCUGGAGCGGCAGCUAUUCAGGUGUGCGUCGGCUACGCGAAUCCAGGCGGCGUGGCGGGGCCAUGUUUUGCGAUGGACUCUGUCAGAUACGUUGGCCUCGUGCGUAAUCGUUUCUCGAGCAGGAGCCUGCAUCCAGCGUUGGUGGCGGUACCAGACAGGACUCGCCCUUCGCCUGCGGCUAUGCCGGCGUCUUUGGGCUCUCGCAACGGCCGUGUCGAGCCCUACCUUGUAUGUCGAACUUGAUGUGUUCUACACCUUGAUUCGUGGUUGGAAGUGGGAUGGUGAGGAAGAUGGCGUUGCCUUCACCUUUCAGAGCGGGAACAAGGUGGCUGUCAUGUCAAGCUUUAGCGAUCCGCCAUCUCGUGCCCUCGGUUCGAAACGGGCGAACGAUCGUGCCGGGCACGGGAAAAGAAGAGGGUUCGUGGUAAGCCACAGUGCUGCAAGGGAUACUGAAAGACAUACGCGAGAACUGCCCAUGUGGACGCUGAAAAGCGUCGUUCGACAAGUUUUACCGUCCAAGAUCCGUCAAGGAGCCGUAUUCACCCAGGCGGGAGCAUUACUCACCGUCGAUGUCAAGGCGAAAAAAGUUAUUUGGCCCUUAGCGCCUGCAACCGCGGACACGUCAGAACCAGCCGAGCGCGGCGAUGUCGGAGGUAUCACAACUUCUUCUGCCCUUGGCCAGUCCAACGGUACUCGUGAAACCACGUCUGAGUCUUCCAGCACGGGUAUUUGUCUGACGAGUGCACGAAGUGAAGAGGUCGGUAGCCAAACGCAUCCUACGAGGGCGGUGCCACAGCGUGAAGACUCCGCGGAAGCCGGCCCUCCAAUCAGCAUGCGAACGAAAAACGGAGACGACGAGGAGCUAUUGGAAUUGACAUUUUCGAGUAUACAAGAAGCAAGGGCACGAGCUGUGUUGCUCGCCCUCGCGACUGAGGAACCCGGCGUUGUACCGAAUCGAGCUGUUGCGCAACUGAUGACAUUGGGCAUGCUGCGCCGGGCAGCUGCUGGCGAGCAAGGCCAGGCUCUACCUAUCCUGAAAACUCCCGCGCAAGGUUUUCGACGAGGGGAUGCUGUGGAAGUGUCGCUAUUUAGACUGUCCGAGGGGCGAGGGGGUGCCUGGUUCCCUGCGGUAGUUGAUCGAAGAAACGGCUAUAGUACCACAUAUAAGGUGAGUAUAAUUGUCGAUCAACCCGGCUUUCUACGAUUCUCUUGGAAGGUCACCCUGGAGACCGGUUAUGUGGAGCACCACGUCCCAGAGGGAAGCAUGCGCCCCCGUGACUGCACGGGAGUGGAACCCGCGCUCGUGGAAAUGAGCCACAUCCCCUCUCGGUGGCAACGGAACGCGCGGUCCCUCCUCACGCCUGCUGACCGCCUAGAGUUGGAGCUUUUGCGCCGGUCGCUACCUACCACAACAAUGACCAAACCCUCGGUGGGAGAACGACCAUUAGAGCUCCUGAGCGCCAACCCUCGGAGAGAAGCGGACGCGUGCGUGGCCGCCGAGGAGCUGCGGCGCUUCAACGGGUUGGGCGGUAGGGGGCUCGUCCUAGGUGAUCCUGGACCGAUUUCACCGGGUAGCCCUGUCGGGCGUGCUGGCCCCCGAGCCAUGGGUCCGUCUCCUCCAAGGUGGGCAGGCUCCCAGACCAUGGCGGCAGCAAGAACGGCGGGUGGUUUGACGGCACGAGCUCUGGAGAAAGUAGCCAGAGCGGCCGUGGCCGCCGAUGCAGCGGCCACCACCAGCACCUGGGUGCCCGGGAACCGAUUCAGGGUAGGUCUUGAGAAACUGGUACAGAUGGCGGCCCACGAGGCCCAGGAUGCAGCGAAGGAGGUAGAGCUCAGCGCCAGACGAGAUACAGUCUCGAGGGCGAGACAGACAGAGCGCAUUGAACCUUCGCCGCGAGACUGGGUAGAGAAGUUUAAGGCGGCCGAGGUCGCGAUAUUUCGUCGUGAAGCCGAUGAAAUUAAUCGAAGAGCUGCCCUGGAAAGAGCGUUUUAUGGCCACGAGUUGAAGGUCAACGCUGCGGAGGCAAGGGAGUUAAUGCGGGACGGUAAAAGGCUUACGGCUGAAUCUGUGAAAGCUGAUCUCGAAAACCAAAAGUGUAUCAUGAAGAAGCGAGAGAGCGACGUGGAGGAAGAACGCCAACGAAAUCUCGAGAAACGGAACGCCGACAUCGAUUCUGCGAAGGCGCGAGUGGCACAGCGGCGGAAGGAUCGUACAAAGCAGGAGUUACGCCGUGCGGAAAGCAACACGUUCACGGCCAACGCCUCUCAGCUUGCAAGGCACAUAUGCAAGCACGCGGCAGUAUCAUACAGAGCGCAGAACACGAGGAGGAUGCGGCGGUGGGCGCAGGGCAACAAAAAUCACGAGGAAAAUGGGCGGCGGAGGAUGCUGAGGCGUGUUCAAGAGCUUCAGGAACAGAAAAGGAGAGAAGGAACAAUGCUGCGACGAGUCCUUGCUGCUCGCAGCAGGGCAAGAGUUGCCAUGGACGAAGCCGUGGUGCGCCACCGCAUCGGGCAGACCGGUUCCAUGGAGGACGGUGUUCUGGCAGAGACUGUCAUGCACGUAUUACGGCCCGGUGGCGGGACACAGGGGACCAAGGGCGAACAGGUGGACGGCGUGAUGCGCGAAGACGGCGAGCGCAGGUUGGGAUCGUUUGGUACAGAGGAUGGCGUCAAAGACCCGCGCAGAGUUGGAAGCUUGAGAGAACGAAGGCCGGACAACAACGUCACGAUCAGCAUCCCUACAGCAACACGCGGAGGCGUCUAUCCCUCCAAGCCUGAGACAACCCGGCCGCCCCUUCGCGAACAAACUAGCCGACGCUUGCGCGCGAAUGAUACGGGUAAAACAGUGGUGGUCCUUGCCAGUGUCCCUACCGUGACGAGAGAAGCACGAGCGAGUAGUCCAUUACAGGGGACAGGUGGGGCGACCUUGCUCGGCUCGACGAGCAGUCACUCGAUGAUAUCGCCCAACAGGGACGUAGGCGCGGCGCCCAACGCAGCGUCCGACCAGGCAGCUUUACCCUGGCCAUUGGGGCGCCGCUGCUGGUGA